AUGACGUCUUCAACAAAAAAAAGGGAAAUAAUACCAGAGACUGUGAAUAUUAUUAAUGAAUCUACACCACUUUUAAACAAUAAUGAAACCUUUAAUCGUCUAAUAAUAAUAAAAAGUCCUUGGUAUAAAACUCCUUCAGCGUAUUGGUUAUUACCUAUAUAUAUCGUAAAUGCCAUUUCACUUGGAUUAACAAUUACUACAAAAGUAGAAUUUUAUGUACAAAUUGUUUGUAAAAAUUACUAUGAUUCGAAGGAAAAUUUGUCUCCCAUAAACCUUAAUAUUUUAGAUGAUGUUGAUAUAUGUAAUAUUCCGGAAAUUCAAGCUAUUACUUCACAAUUGAUGAUGGUAUUAUCUCUUUGUUUAGCGAUACCAGGAAUCUUUGUAUUAGUACCAUUGGGUACACUCUCUGAUAGUAGAGGACGUCGUUUGGUCCUUAUUAUUGCGUGUGUAGGAAAAGUACUUGAGGCUUUAAACAUUAUUUUGGUUGGAAAUUUUACGCAAUUUCUUGGAUUAGGGUUUUUGAUAUUCGGACAGCUUAUAGAUGGAUUUUUUGGUGGAUUCGCGGCAUUAACGGCCGUGAUGUAUGCAUAUGGU